AUGAGUACACCAUCAUGGAAACGUAAAGACAAUACAUACUGUAAGUAUUGUCAGCAGUGGAUUCGUGAUACACCCUCCGAAAAAAGAAACCAUGAAAGAUCUAAACAUCACGUAAUUAAUGUACAAAAACAUAUCAAUAAUCAACAAAUUUCGGAAAGAAAUAAACAAAAGGAAGAACAACGAAAUCGGAAAAUAGUGGAUAACAUUGAAAGGAAAGUACAAUCGGGUUCUAAUGGUGAAAAUCAAUAUUAUCAAGCCUUUUUAAAACAUCAACAAGAAAUGGAUAAACUUCCUUCUGUUGUUAUGGAGAAUGUUUUUAAUAGUUUUACAAAUCAACAACAAGCAGAUGAUACUCCCCAUCCUCCUAAAGAACCUCAACAAGAUGAUGUAAUACAAGAGCCAGAGCAGUCUGACUCUUUUGAAUGUAAUGACCUACCUCUAGGAGCGAUUGUCAAAUCUAUCAAACCAGUGGAAACACAUGUAGCACCAAAGACAAGUGCUCCUAAAAAAAAGACAUAUACUGAACCAACUGAGAUUGGAAGUUAUUAUGACGACCCAAAUUUCUUUUACUAUGAGCAAGAGGAAGAAAAAGAGGAGAAAGAAAAAGUAGAGGAGCAACCAAUUGAGGAAGUGAUAAGGAAGGAGAAACCAAAAUCAGACUGGAAAAAUCAAUAUUCGAAUGCUACUACAGCUUCAGCAAAUACUUUUGGUCAAUGGGAAAUUGUUCAAGUAUCCAAGAUUGAAGCAGAUGCUCCUUCUGAAAGUAAUUCAUCUGCCUCCUCCACCAAAACUCACCAAAACAAAGACGAACACGAAGAGGAUCAAUUUGGAGGAAGUUACAACAUACCAGAAACAAAGAAGAGAAAGAAUGAAACAAUUGAGGAGUCUUCUAAAAAGGUGAAGAGCGAGGAUAAUGCACCACGUAAACCUCUUUCUUUUUCACUUGCAAAAAAGAAGUAA